AUGAGCUCCGUCACCAUUGAGUGUGUCCUCCCGGAGCACUGCCGCUGCGGGGAGUCUCCGGUAUGGGAGGAAGCGUCCAACUCGCUGCUCUUCGUGGACAUUCCUUCCAAAAAGCUUUGCCGCUGGGAUCUGCUCAGCAAGCAGGUUCAUCGACUGACUUUGGAUGCCCCCGUCAGCUCCGUGGCCCUCCGCCAGGCUGGAGGCUAUGUCGCCACAGUUGGAACGAAGUUCUGCGCUGUGGACUGGGAAGAUCAGUCAGCCAGCGUCCUGGCCACCAUAGAUGAAGACAAGAAAAACAAUCGCUUCAAUGAUGGGAAGGUGGAUCCCGCUGGGAGAUACUUUGCUGGCACCAUGGCUGAAGAGACAGCCCCAGGAGUUCUGGAGCGGCGCCAAGGGUCCCUGUACUGCCUCUUUCCUGACCACCAUGUGGAAAAGUACUUUGACCAGGUGGACAUCUCCAACGGCUUGGAUUGGUCCCUGGACCGCAAGAUCUUCUAUUACAUAGACAGCUUGUCCUACUCCGUGGAUGCUUUUGACUAUGACUUGCAGACAGGGAAGAUCUCCAAUCGCAGAAGUGUUUACAAGCUGGAGAAAGACGAACAAAUCCCAGAUGGAAUGUGUAUCGAUGCUGAGGGGAAGCUCUGGGUGGCCUGUUACAAUGGAGGAAGAGUGAUUCGUUUAGAUCCUGAGACAGGGAAAAGACUCCAAACUGUGAAGCUGCCUGUCGAUAAAACAACCUCGUGUUGCUUUGGAGGGAAGGAUUACUCUGAAAUGUACGUGACCUGUGCCCGGGAAGGAAUAGACCCUGAGGGUCUUCUGCGGCAACCGGAAGCUGGUGGAAUUUUCAAGAUAACUGGCCUGGGGGUCAAAGGCAUUCCUCCCCGGCCUUACAUAGGCUGA